AAUAUGACUACUGAAUUCAAAGAGGCCGAAGUCACAAACCUCAUUGCUGGAGAUACAUGGGGUCUGUGCACCACAGAGGCAUUUGGAAUGGGAAUGGAUGUACCGGACAUGACUUUGGUCAUUCAGUGGCGAGCAUCGUGCAAGUUGUCUGCCCUUUGGCAGCAGUUUGGUCGUGCAGCAAGAGACUGCACAUUGCAAGGGACUGCAUUGCUGUUUGCAGAAAAGGAGUAUUUUGACAAUGUACGUGAAGAUAAGUGCAAGCAUCAGGAGCAUAAAAAA